AUGUGGCAUCUCCUAAGGACACAAUAUUAUAAUGCAACUCAUAAGGAAUAUAUUCCAUCAGGAUCGGCAACCCCAGAAAAUGAGUCAACUUCAUCGUUUCCAUAUGUUACAAUCAUGGACUUUGUUAAAAAGUGCAAUGAACCACCCGUAACUUUGGCAACUUAUCAUUUGCCCUGCCAACAAAUGGACGAUGACUCCGCUGGAGACAUUGAAUUAAUUGAUGAUAAUUUUCAAAAUAUGGAGGAUUGUGAAAUUAUUGAUGAUGAGAAUUGUCAUUCUUGUAGUGGCGAAGAUGAUAAUAAUGAACUACGACAAAUUGAAGAAGGUAACAAUUGAUUGUGGUAACAAUUUUUUUAUUUUUAUUAUUUAAGAUGGAAAAUUAUUAAUUUAUUUUGAAAAUUAAUAGAAAAUAAUAGCAAGUAAUAAAUAAAUUAAUAAAUUUAAUAUUUUUCAGGUCAAAGAAAUCAAUCUGACACAGAAACAGAUCUUAGACGAUUUGAAGCUGUCAAUGAUUAUUUUUUCGUCAUUAAAGAUUAUUGGAAAAAAGUUCCUGAAGAAAAAAGAAAGGAUUGCUUUUUGAAAUUGAAGAAAUUGGUAGAUGAAAAAAUCGCCCAACGCUUGUUUUAAUUUUUCUUAAUAAUUUGAUUACAUUGUUUGAUUCAAAUAGUACUAUAAAUAAAUAUUAAUUGGUAUUUGGAUAAAUUAAAUUUAGAAUCGUUUAAAUUUUCAUUAGGGUAAAUGUGGGUAUUAUCGAGGAAUUUUGAAUACGUCAUACAUCCAAGUGGUUUAAAAAUUAUAAAUGAAUGUAUAUGGCUUUGUUUUUUAUUUUAAAUGAAUAUUUAAGCUUUCUUUUCUUUAAAAAAAAAUUGCCAAUGUUAUAGAAAAUAGUUUUAAUCGUUAAAUAAAUGAUUAAAUAGAAGACUCCUUUGCUUGUAAUUUCGCGGGACUUGUAAUGGCUUGAGGGUAUUUUCGCGUGUCAAAUAUCGCGGAUGUGUGUAUUUUCGCGUGUCAAAUAUCGUGGAUGGCUAAAAUAAGCUAUUGUUUAUUUGAUUUUAGUAAUAGAUGCAUAUUUAAAAUAUUCUAACUGCAAAAAAUGAUUUAUAAAAUAUUUAGAAGAAAAAUUAAUUAAAAUCAAGUUUAUAAAUAAAGCACGAAUUCGUAUCUAUUUAAUAAUGUUAUUUCUUUUAAUUAAUAUCACAAACGGGUACAUAAUUUUUUAUAAUAAUUUAAUAAAUAUAAAAUAAUAUUUUUUUUUGGUUCUGUCUUUUCCAGUCAAUUUUCUUUUAACAGUUCAGCUUCUUUCGCUUGCAUGUCCUCUAUUUGUUUUCUCAGUUCAACGGCUUCUCGUUUCGUUAAUAAUAAUUCUUCUUUGGAGAGUG